AAGCAGCCGCACCAAUGGCGUCAAUCAGUAGUACCGCGGGGAGGUGGGUGAUGUGAUUGCUUUUCUCGGCUGCACUCAGACCGGGGGAGACAGGGAGAGUCAGGGAGAGUAUGAUAAGACAUGGGAAAGCAAAUGGUCUGACGAAAAUGGAGAGUCCUAUGUGUGGCACAAAGCAGUCACAGCAUUAGUGUCAUGUAUGGUACAGAAACCGAGCACUAUCUUGCCCUGCUAUACCAGUUUAUAGACACCUGUCAUAAUGGCGCAUGAUGACAGUGGCUACAAGAUAUCAGCAGAACGAACCUCCUUGACGUCAUUUGAAGCAAUUGAGGAAGCAGAUGUGCUUCACUGGAUAAAUGAUCCGAAUGGACCAGGCAUCCUUAGUCAAAAUAAUAGCACGAAUGAUUCAGAACUGUACAGCAGCCCUUCUGAGAGACCAGAGUUGUACAAUGGCCGCAUACUACUGGUCCUCACUUCCAGUGGCUUCUGGUGGUCUCAGGGAUUUGAUCUGGAGUCAUGUGAGGAAAAUCUUGCCAGAUUUGGAGUUCAGGUGCCACCAGAAGAUUAUGAGCUACCCAUUCGAGCAUCCCUAAUGAGCACAGAAGUAAGACGAUACAUGUACUUUAGUUCCACUGGCUUCAUGAUGCUGCUUGCACCAGUAUUUUAUCUGGCAGCAUGGUGUUGUCUCUUCUCAACUUUCCACCUCUACCUGGACAUGUAUGUGAAGAGUUUCUUUUGGGCCUUCUGCCUUCUAAUCAGCAUCAUCGCUGUACUUUUGACCACCAUCCUCCUCCUCCUCCUGCACCGGCGCAAUCAAAAGAUUAAUGUGAACACGGAUAUGCGACUCAUCUGGGUCAAUGAGAACCUUGUGAAGUACAACAUUUUGGUUGGUGUAUUGGAUGUAACAAAACAUUGCACAAGUAUGCUUCAUCUCUGCUUUGUGUACUUUGAUGUUAAGGAGUGUGAGAGGAGACUCGCUUCUAUGCUGGAAGAACAACAUCAGACAGAGUCUGGAUUUCAGUCCCUUUUGAAUCAAAAGCUAGGCCAUCUCUGCAUCGUCAUAGAAAUCAAUCAAUCCAGUCCUCUGAACAACAUCAAGGCAGAGUCUGAAGAAACUCCACUAUUAUCAGGGAAUGAUAAGGACACUCGCAGGAACAGCAAUCAACAAGCACAGCAUGUUUUUAACACACUGAAAUGCCUUGUACCUAAAGGCACAGCUCAGUUGUCAGAGAAAUAUGGCUCAGUGUAUUCUGUGAGCCUGGGUCCGGAGAAAGUGGUGGUUCUAGCUGGGUAUGAGACAGUGAGGAAUGCUCUCAUUAACCAUGCUGAUGAAUUCCUGGGAAGACCUGAUGUACCAAUCAUGAACGUGCUUAAAGAAGGAACUGGUGUUGUUUGGUCCAAUGGGGAGCCAUGGAAACAAAUGCGAAGGUUCAUGCUCUCAACCCUACGAGAUUUUGGAAUGGGCAAGAAAUCUUUCGAGGACAAGAUAAUCGAGGAAGCUGGAUUCCUGGUGAGAAAGAUUGAAUCGUACAAAGGUCAGCCAUUUGACACGGACGUUAUAACAAACUUUGCCACAGCCAAUGUCAUCUGCUCCAUAGUAUUUGGAGACAGGUUCGAUUAUGAGGACAAGACAUUUCUCAACAUAGGAAACAUGGUCCAUGAAAGCUUUCGACUACUUGGCAGCCCCAUGGUCCAGGUGUACAAUGCUUAUCCAUUUCUGAGGUUUCUACCUGGAAGCCACAAAGAGAUCUGCAAGCAAUUUGAGAUGUUGAAGACAUGUUUGAUGGAGAUCAUCAAAGGUAAACAACAGGAGCUGAAUGAGAAUGACAUCAGGAGCUUCAUUGACACUUACACUGUGAAACAGCAAGAGGAGGCGGGAAACCCAAACACAUACUUCCAUGAAAAGAACUUAGUGAUCACAACGAGUGAUCUGUUCAUUGCCGGAAUGGGAACUGCUGCCACCACCAUUCGCUGGGCACUUUAUAUCAUGAUGAAAUACCCAGAGAUUCAGGGGAAAGUUCAGGAAGAAAUUGACCGAGUGAUUGGAUCAGAGCGAUCUCCCAGGAUGGAGGACAGGAAGUAUAUGCCCUACACUGAUGCUGUUAUCCACGAGGUCCAGAGGUUUGCGAACAUCGCCCCCUUGGGCAUCCCACGAUCGACGACCGUGGACAUCAAUUUCCAAGGAUAUUUCAUCCCAAAGACUGAAAGGGAAUGGGGAUAUGCUGAGGAUGAAUUGGGAGACACAGGGAUGGAACCUGGUGUACGUCGGGAACUCGUUUUACCCCUGCAGGAAUAA